GUUUAUUCAACAAAUAUUUAUUUAAGGCUUUUUAUAGACAGGAACUUACUUUUCGGUAGUAAGACAUAGAAAACAGGGUGGAGCCAUCCAUGGUGCUUAUGUUCCCAUGGUGGUGGUGGGGGGCUCAGACACAUAUCAAAGUCAACACAGAAUAGCUGUCAGAGAGUUGUAAGGUAAAGGAGAGAAAUAAUAAAAGAUAGGCAUGAGUCAGGGAAGAGCUGUCUGAAGAGGUGGCAUCUGGAUGGAGGGAAGGAGUAAGACACACACACACACACACACACACACACACAGAGUGUAUGUGUGUGUGAGUGUCUAGUCUUGAAGAAAGAAGAAACAGCAAGUGCAGAGGCACUGAGGUUAGGAGAUGUUUGGUGCCUUUAAGGAACAGAAGAACAAGAUUGUGGACCAGUGUGAGAGGCUGCAGUUACAGAGUGCUGGCAUCACCAAGUAUGUGGCCGAGGUCUUGCCAGGGAAGAACCAGAGAGCAGUGAGCACGGCCAGCGCAGCACGGGAACUGGUUAUCCAGCGGCUGAGUGCGGUGCGGAGCCUGUGCGAUAGCGAGGAGCAGCGGCUACUGGAGCAGGUGCAUGGCGAGGAGGAGCGCGCCCACCAGAGCAUCCUGACCCAGCGUGUGCACUGGGCCGAGGCACUGCAGAAGCUUGACGCCCUCCGCACCAGCCUGGUGGGCAUGCUUACCCAUCUGGAUGACCUCCAGCUGAUUCAGAAGGAGCAGGAGAUUUUUGAGAGGACCGAGGAAGCGGAGGGCAUUUUGGAUCCCCAGGAUUCAGAAAAAUUAAGCUUUAAUGAGAAGUGCACUUGGAGUCCAUUACUGACCCGACUCUGGGCAACGGCGGUUCUUGGAUCCCUCUCAGGCAUGGAGGAGGUACGCAUCGACGAAAGGACUGUGGGUCCCUUACUGCAUGUGUCAGAUGAUGGAAAGACCUUGACCUUCAAUGCCAAGAAGUCCAAGGCCUGUGUAGACAGCCCAGAGCGCUUUGACCACUGGCCCAAUGCCCUGGCUGCCACCUCCUUCCACACUGGGCUGCAUACCUGGAUGGUGAACGUCCAGAACAGUUGUGCCUAUAAAGUGGGCGUGGCCUCAGCCCAGCUGCCCCGCAAGGGCUCUGGCAGUGACUGUCGCCUGGGCCACAAUGCCUUCUCGUGGGUCUUCUCCCGCUAUGGCCAGGAGUUCCGUUUUGUGCACGAUGGGCAGUAUGAGCCCCUGUUGCUGCUGCAGUGCCCGGUGCAGCUGGGCAUCCUGCUGGACCUGCAGGCAGGAGAGCUGCUCUUCUACGAGCCGGCCUCAGGCACGGUGCUCUUCACCUACCACACAUCCUUCCCUGGGCCUCUCUUCCCAGUCUUCGCUGUGGCUGACCAGACCAUUUCCAUCGUCCAUUGACCUCUAGCCACCAGGAGGCCAGCUCUACCGCCACCCUUGCAAGCCAGGCUACAUGUGAUAUGUGUGGUGUUCCUAUGGGCUACAAAUCCUGUGUCUGCCAGCGUGGUGGGAAUCUGUUUCUGACCUGGGCAUCUGCGGGAAACCUGAUUUUUCCCUCGGUGUGGCGGUUUGAACAAAAUGCCCUCUAUAGGCUUGUGUGUUUUGAAUACGUGGUCCCCAGCUGGUGGCAAUUUGGGAAGGCAGUGGGGCCUCGCUGGAGGGGGUGUGUCACUGGUGGUGGACCCUAAGGUUAGUCCAUCCCACUGGAUGUUGACGGCCAGCUCAGACUGCUUCAUCGUAGCCAAUUUGAGAAGAUGUGAUGCCCCAGCUGUCUCUUCUGCCGUGUCUUUCCUGCCACAAUGAAGCUUCCCUUAGAAACUGAAAGCUGAAAUAAACCCUUUCCUUCUUUCA